CUUCCAUUUCUAUUCUCCAGUAGUCCAUUUUCUUUUUCUUUUUCUCCCAUCCUCUCUUCACAGACAACAAUGGCGCACUUAUUCAGGGACCUAUCUCUAGGCCAUUCGAAGAGAGAGAAUACACCACCACCUCCACCCAUAACAAUGCCGACCAAACUCACCGUCACACCCAUCGAUCUCCCCUCCUCUCCCCUCGGCCAACUCGCUAUCCAACUCACUGACUCCGACCUCCGAAUCACUGCCUAUGAGAUCUUUGUUGCUGCAUGCCGUACCUCGUCUGGCAAGCCCCUCUCCUCCGCCAAUUCUGAUUCACCGAGUCAUCUCGCCAACACAAACUCCCCAGGUCACCACUCGCCUAGCUCCCCUGCGCUUCAGCGGUCGCUCACGUCGGCCGCCGCCAGCAAGAUGAAGAAGGCCUUGGGCUUGAAGUCUCCUGGCUCAAAGAAGAGCCCUGGCUCGGGCUCCGGCCAGACCAAGCCCAAGCGCCCAUUGACUGUUGGUGAGCUCAUGCGCCUUCAAAUGGGGGUAUCCGAGACUGUUGAUUCGCGCGUCCGUAGAGCUCUCUUGAGAGUCUCCGCUAGUCAGGUUGGAAGACGAGUUGAAUCGGUGGUUCUUCCACUGGAGUUAUUACAGCAGCUCAAGCUUUCAGAUUUCACAGAUCAACAGGAAUAUGAAACAUGGCAGAAAAGAACCCUCAAAGUUCUUGAAGCUGGUCUGCUAUUGCAUCCCCGCGUACCUCUUGAUAAGUCGAAUUCUAAUUCACAGCGGCUGCGACAAAUAAUUUAUGCAGCCUUAGAUAGGCCCAUAGAAACAGGAAGGAAUAAUGAAUCAAUGCAAGUUCUCCGAAGUGCUGUUGUGUCUCUUGCUAGCAGAUCUGAUGGAUCUCUCCAUGAGUCAUGCCAUUGGGCCGAUGGAUUUCCAUUUAAUCUCAGACUAUAUGAAAUGCUUUUAGAAGCAUGCUUCGACGCUAAUGAUGAAGCAUCUGUUAUUGAGGAAGUUGAUGAGCUUAUGGAACACAUAAAGAAGACAUGGACAAUCCUUGGAAUGAACCAGAUGCUGCAUAAUAUCUGCUUUACUUGGGUUUUAUUUCUCCGGUUUGUUGCAACUGGACAAGUUGAAAUGGACCUGCUUCAUGCUGUUGAUACUCAGCUGGCAGAAGUUGCAAAAGAUGCGAAGAUAACCAAAGAUCCAGAAUACUCCAAGAUCUUGAGUUCUACGCUGAGCUCAAUUUUGGGUUGGGCAGAGAAAAGGCUUCUUGCAUAUCAUGAUACUUUUGACCUUGGCAAUACUGAGACCAUGCAGGGCAUUGUUUCUCUAGGGGUGUCAGCAGCCAAGAUUUUAGUCGAGGAUAUAUCUAAUGAAUAUAGAAGAAGGAGAAAAGAAGUUGAUGUGCCUCGCAGUAGGAUUGAAACUUACAUCAGAUCAUCACUUCGCACAGCUUUUGCUCAGCUAUCUAAAAUGCAUGUAACCAAAGAUGGCACUUCAUGCAACAGUUUCAUUUGUUUGGUUCUUGUCAGCUUUUCUUCAGCGUACUUGUUUAUUUCAAUACUACAGGUUUGGAAUCCACAAGCAAAUCAAGAAGGAUAUGCUCCAUCUGCUGGUGAAGUUUUGCGAGUUAUUGAUGAAACUUUAGAUGCAUUUUUCCAGCUGCCUAUUCCUAUGCAUCCAGCAUUGCUACCUGACUUGAUGGUUGGCCUAGACAAGUGUCUCCAGUAUUAUGUAACUAAGGCCAAAUCUGGCUGUGGAUCACGGAACACAUACGUCCCUACCAUGCCAGCGUUGACUAGAUGUACUACAGGAUCAAAGUUCCAAGGUGUGUGGAAGAAGAAAGAAAAGACAACUAAUUCUCAGAAAAGGAAUUCACAGGUUGCAACAAUGAAUGGAGAAAAUGCUUUCGGGAUAGCCCAACUGUGCGCUCGUAUCAAUAGUUUGCAUAAGAUUCGAACAGAGUUGGAUGUUUUGGAGAAAAUAAUAAUCACACAUUUAAGGAAUUGUGAAUCUGCUCAUGCAGAAGACUUUUCAAAUGGUUUGGGAAAGAAGUUUGAACUCACACCAGCUGCUUGUGUGGAAGGAGUUCAGCAACUCUCAGAGGCAAUGGCUUAUAAACUUAUUUUCCAUGACCUAAGUCAUGCUCUGUGGGAUGGUUUAUAUGUUGGGGAGCCAUCAUCGUGUCGUAUUGAUCCCCUCCUUCAGGAGCUUGAGCGGAACUUGGUGAUCAUCUCGGACACUGUGCAUGAAAGAGUUCGUACAAGGAUUAUAACAGAUAUAAUGAAGGCUUCAUUCGACGGAUACUUACUGGUUCUGCUUGCUGGAGGCCCUUCCCGUGCUUUCUCCCAGCAGGACUCUCAAAUAAUAGAGGAUGAUUUCAAAUCUCUUAAAGAUCUAUUCUGGGCAAAUGGGGAAGGUUUGCCUGCUGAAUUGAUAGAUAAGUUUUCAGCCACAGUGAGAAGUGUUCUUCCCCUUUUCCGAACUGACACAGAAAGCCUCAUUGAGCGGUUUAGACGUGUGACCUUGGAGACGUAUGGCUCUUCUGCUAGGUCUAGACUUCCACUACCUCCAACUUCAGGUCAGUGGAAUCCUACUGAACCAAAUACACUCCUACGUGUUUUGUGUUGUAGAAAUGAUGACUCUGCUUCAAAGUUUCUGAAAAAAACUUAUAAUCUACCUAAGAAACUGUAGUAAUCCAAGUUAUGGAUAGCAAUCCAUGCUAGUUGCAAAAAUGUUGUGAGCUGGACAUAUUGGGUGGUGGUUGGACAUUUAGACGUGAUGGUGUGGGUGGAGGCUGAGUUCUUACUUGCUGACUGAGCCUGUGAUUGCCUGGCGAGGUGGUACAGAUCUUGUAUAGUACGGUUGAAGUAUUUUUAUUAGGUCUACCCUUUAAUGGAGAAGAAUUGCGGUCAUAACAAAAAGAAAGGGCAUGAAGCUGGCUAUCUUUUGACUUGAGAGAAGGUGGUCAUUAUUAUUUAUGUUGAUUGUUUGAGUAUCGUAGAUUCAGGUCUAUUGACCAAGCUGCAUUUGUUUAGAUAUGAGGUUCAUUGGUUCUUUUUAUUUCGUUUCUACUUAUUAUUUUUACUUGAAUGAAUUCUUUUUAGAGUUGUGUUCUUCGAUGUAGAAUGUGCAAUAUCUUGAUCAAUACUUGUAUUUAUUAUUAUUAGCAUGUAUCAUAAAAGAGGGUUGUGGAUUGUAAUUGAUAUUGUUUUCUGCAAUCUCCAAAAAUAAGAGAAGUCGAGUAAUGCUGGAUGUGUUUGUUGUUGCA